AUGGAACCCACAUCUACAGCACCCCCGGCCACAGACGCCGCCUCCUACCUCGACCUCGCCAUCACCCUCUCACUCAACAAUUGGCCAGCACUCUCACUAGCCGUGCAAUCGAACUGGGGCGGCCCAACCUCAGGCGACAAGCGGGACUGGCUAUGCGGCGCGAUCUCAGAGAUGUUCACCGAGCGACCUGAGACGGACGCCAUGGAUCUGGAGGACGUUCUGAUCCAGGUGAUGAACGACGAGUUUGAUGUCGUUGUGGAUGAUGAGAGUGCUGGGAAUGUUGCAGAUCAGAUUAUGGAGUUGAAGACGCACACGGAUCGUGGGGAUUUCGCCCCUGUUCAGCAGAUGUGGGAGGCGUGGCAGAAGAAGAGUCAGUCGAAGUCUGCUGCUGGUCAGUUCCAGAAGGUUGAGGCCCAGGAUGAGGAUCAGGAGACUGAUGAUGAUGAGAGUGAGGAGGGCGAUGUUGACAUGGAUGAUGCGCCGUCUUUGGUGCGGGCUCCUAGGGAGAGGGUUGAGCCUGAGAUUGACGAUGACGGGUUUACUAAAGUUGUUGGAAAGAGGCGGUAA